GUUUCCUCUUUGGCCAUGUGGUUGUGUUCUCAUAAAACAAACGGAGUUGAAGUACCAGGUCAGGAAAACGUUUAGUCUAUUUUUUUUUACUACUGAUAGAAGAUGAAGAUGUUCACAGAAUGUUUAAUAGUGGCAAUAAUCUCUUUUUGGACCAUACAGCCAACUCACUCGCAAACUGAUGGAGACGUCAGAUUAGCAGGGUUCGGAGCCAACCGAUUACGAGGGAAACUGGAGAUAUUCUACAAUGGGGAAUGGGGGAGGGUGUGUGCCACGCCCACUACCAUGAUACGCACCAACACUUUUGAGUUGGAUGCGGCCAACGUUGUGUGUCGACAGCUAGGGCUGGGGUUUGCCGUUAGCUACUCUUCGUACAUCCACCUUCCAGAGCAAAGGUCUCGCUUCGGAGGGGGGAGUGGUCCUAUCCACCUGGACGGUGUGGUGUGCAGAGGAGGGGGGCAGCCUCACCUGCUGCGCUGUGACCACGGGACACUGGGACAGCCCUCCAGUGACUGCACUCAUGACGAUGAUAUCAGCGUGGAGUGCUCCGAGCUCCACGCUCCGUACAGUGGUGAGGUGAGACUGUCCGGAGGCUCCUCUGGUUUACUGGAGCUCUACUCGACGGGUCGGUGGGGGGCGGUCUGCUCAGAGGGGGGUUUCGGAGAUUCACACGCCCACUCAGUGUGUCGACAACUCGGCUACACAGAAGCAAGUUCACAAAGAGUGGUACCCUCCACAGACUACAGUGGCCUCUAUUGGGACCUUGAGGGGGGGUCUCUGAGUGAUGCCUCAGGGGAGGAGGCGUGUUUCACGACCAGUCUACAACAACUGCCCACUGCAUCCACAGCAUCCGACUGCUCCCCGGUACACGUGCAGUGUGUAUACAGAGAUGAGGAUGCAGCUGUACAGACUGGUGGAGAUGCUUACCUUUGCACUCUGAACCCAGCGACCCCUUACGAAGGAAAUGUGAGGCUAAUAACCUCCGGGGACAUUCUGACCGAGGGUCCAGUAGAAGUAUUUUACGACGGACAAUGGUCACAAGUUUGUUUUGACACUUUUUCAGUUUUCGACGCAGAUGUCGUGUGUAAGCAGCUGAGAUUUCCAUCUGCCUUCAAUUCAUAUGAUGCAGGGGCUCUCUCCUCUGAUGACACGGCAGUUAGUGUACUGUGUAAUGGAGUGGAGACUGAUGUCAGAGACUGCACCACCACUGUCCUCAACUCCUCACAGUGCAGUUCACAAGGCGGAGCAGACUGUGCCCCUUACUCCUAUCCAUACUCUGAGAUCUUCCUACUAGACGGUGCUGGACCAGCUGGUAACUUGUUCAUCCACGGAGGGUGGGACCCCCAACCAGUGUGUGCUAUUGGGUUCGGUCAAGCUGAAGCCGAGGUGGCUUGUAGGCAGAUGGGGUACGAGGGAGCAGUGGCCGUGAGACACCAACCAUACUAUGGAGAUGAUCUGUUUACAAUGGACGGUCAGUGUCUUGGUUCUGAGACUCACCUACUCAAUUGUGUACAGCCUCCAGCAAACAGCAGUCAGUGCAACUCACUGGUCAGACUUCAGUGUGCCACAAGCCCGUCCUACUCCCCCUCCCUACGACUGGUGGGUGGUCCCAUUUCCUCGCUAACCAAUCAACCACUCUCUGGCAGACUUGAGGUCAACUUUGACGGUGUCUGGGGGGCUAUAGGAAGUACUGGCUUUGACCAUCUUUCGGCUCAUGUGAUCUGCACUCAACUAGGCUAUGCCUCUGCAAGACAAGUAUUCAACAGUUCUCGGUUUGGUACUGGAAUGGGACCCACCAUCCUGGACCAAGUGCAAUGCCGAGGCUCCGAAUCGUCUCUGUUCCAAUGUCCCUAUUCCGUGGAGGUGGGAGAAACUCACGUCAGCAACAGUGUGGGCAUUGAGUGCAGUGAACAGUUGGAGUUUGUUGAUGGAUCCCUAAGACUACUAAACAAUAAUAACACUGACGACACUUCGUCUGGUUCAUUGGAGGUGUACACAUAUGGAGUGUGGAUGAGUGUGUGUGGUGUGGGCUUCACCAUGGAGACGGCUACCGUGGCUUGCUCACAGCUCGGCUUCAUAGACGCUCUCAGUUACUGCACCGACUCAUGUUUUGGUGAAGGUGGUGAAUACGUGCACCCUGUUGAGUACCAGUGUGGGGGGUCCGAGGGUUCGUUACAGGAGUGUGGGGGGUCAGUCCGUGUCAAUACCCCCUGCAAUGACUCAAGCAACAUCGGCCUUGUCUGCAGGAGACCUCCAACUAUGAAAACCCCCAUCAUGACCACACCCACUGCUGCUAUGGUAACACCGGACGCUAUUCCUACCCCUACGGUUUCUACUAUCAUCCCUGGCCUGAGUGAUACGUAUUUCUAUAUUAUCGUGGGUGUUGGAGGUUCGGCAGUGUGUGUGUUACUGAUCGGAUUUCUGGUGUGUUGCAUCUGCUGUGUUGCUAGGAGACGUCAAAAGAGGCGUGGCACUUGGCGGUCAUCCGUACACAAUAAUGGAACUCAUCAAAAUGGCCCUAGGCUAAGCAACAGUAAUUCUCGAUGGUCACACGAAAGAAACUCCAAACUAGCGAUGGAGAAAGUCAGCGAUUUUAACGAUCCCCUGAACCCUGCUGAAAUGAAUGGCUUCACUCACACACCGAGCUCUGCCUCUGACAGUGACCCUAACUUGGACUACAAACCAGAAAUGUCGCUGGAAUUGAAACCGGAACAUUUCGAUCCACACUACGAGAAUUUACCGCAGAGGCCACCUAAUGUUACUGUAAGCAAUACGAUAUAUUUAAGUGAAGGCUCCAGCCCAGCGAGCCCACCCCCUGGUUACGACGAACUCGAGUUUUUACCUCAUACUGCAACAAAUGUAUGAUGGUCACAUGACUAAUAGACUUCAAAAACCACCAUUAAAUAUACGAACAAUUUCAUAAUAAUAAUUAUUCUAUAAUAAUUUAUUUGCAGUAAUUAUUUUAUCAUGUCAUUUUUUUGCUCCAACAAGUCUCUUAAUGAUUAAUUUCUCUCCACCCCAUUCUGCACGUAUUGUACACAUAAUUAUUGUAGUCACGUGUUAACAAUCUGAUCAUUUGAAAUAACGAA